AUGCAUCGAGCUUCAAGUGGCUCAACAUCACGCUCUUUACCAUAUUCUACCCUUGUCCUCGCCGUCGCACUCGCCGUCACCAACGCCGGACCCGUUGCUGCCACUAGGCUGAGGUUGAGCAGCCGGCAGCUGGGUGCGACGCCGGUCAACAAUGGUCUACCCGCCAACUCUCCCUCCUUGGGACAAGCAAGCUUUACAGACGGUGGAGGCUCUGGCUUGAACGUCCCAGCCGUCCUGUGGAUAGCCUUUGCCAGUGUUCUCGGGCUUCCCCUCGCGACGGCUGGCGUACGAGGCUGGCGUGUGACCUCUGGAAUCGGUGGAGGACUCGCUCUUUCGCUCCUCAUCUGGUCUGCAUUCGUCAACACGACGCCCGGAGGUUCACUGGCCGCAAACCCGACGACGUCUGAUCUAUACUUGACGCUGUUCAUUUGGGGUUCUUUUCUCCUUGGUGCCGCCCUCGGGUCCCUACGAGUCGGCAUUCAUGCCGGAGUCUGUUUUCUUGGAGCGAGCGCGGGAGUGUCCUUGGCAAUUCUCAUCGUCCUCAUGCGCGAAGGUCUUCUCAUUCCGAUAUACGCGCUCAACGCAGUACUCGUCGGAGCUUUUGCGCUGGCAGGUGCCAUUUGGCCCAUUUGGCAUCAGCGAUUGGCAGUGAUCGUUUCCAGCUCUACAUGUGGAAGCUUUUUGAUAGCUCUCGCGGUCGAUUUGGUUCUAAACAAGCAAUCGGGAAUGAGCCUCGGUCUACGCUAUCUCCUAGACAGGAACAAGGUACACAUCGUGGCCACGUUACGGGUUGGCUACAAGCCCCCGUUAUCCACGGUUAUCAUACUCGCAUCGGCAAUUGGAUUGAUCCCUAUUUUCGCCUUUCUCCAGCAUCGCGUAUUCAAGGAGCCUUUUGAUCGCACACCAGAAUCACUAGAAGAGUACAAGCGCUCCGUCAACGGAGCUCCUGUUCUUGGCCCUGGCGACGAAGGAUACGUGAGCGAAAAGGAGGCCCAAGAAGCGGUUGCACAAAAGGAGCCACAGCACAUAGAACUCCGCUUUCCCUCGCUCGUACCCUCUCUCCCAAAUCAGGCAAAUGUCCAGUAUCCCGUUCAGCAACAGUCGGCUAACCCGUACGGCAACGUCCCCCAAACGUCUGGCCCGGGCGUCGGUCGUCGAGGAUUCAUGGGGGCAGCCGUUAAUGUUGCAAAAAGAAUGAGCAACACGGCCAGGAUGAGCAUGCUCAACGUCUUUCGCGGUGGAGCAGACCGGCGAGCGAGCACAUUUAGCACGCCAUCUGUUUAUUCCAUUGAUCGCAAUGGUGGGCCACCCGGACAACCACGAUAUGGCAUCAACUCAAGGCCUCCUCAAGAGUCGUACUAUGAUCGCGGAAACGUCUCAAGCGCGUACAGUGGUGUAGAAACAGCACCUCCCGUUCGCCCUCUACAACUCGCAAAUCGACAACAGGCACCUUUUCGACAACAGGCACCUUUUUCGAAUACUCGAGGUAACCCUCCUCCCUCCGCCUACGCGCCCUCGAUGCGUAGUGGUCGCAGUGGGUUCGCACAGCCUGUCGCCGCACCACCACCACCAGCGUCGUUACGAAACGACACGCGUGCUCAGGGAUGGAGGGGACCUGGAGGACCAGUAGGACGAGGUCAACGACAGAUGCCUGCUGCACCAAGUGCUGGUGCGAGCGGGAUGCGAGACAACGGCGGUAACCCGCCAAAGUCGGCAGCGAAUAAAUUGAAACCAAACGUCAAGUAUAAUAUGCUCUAG